AUGAAUUAUACAAGCUAUAUCUUAGCUUUCCAGCUUUGCGUGAUUUUGUGUUCUUCAGGCUAUUACUGUCAGGCCAUGUUUUUUAAAGAAAUAGAAAACCUGAAGGAAUAUUUUAAUGCAAGUAAUCCAGAUGUAGCGGAUGGUGGCCCUCUUUUCUUAGAUAUUUUGAAGAACUGGAGAGAGGAGAGUGACAAAACGAUCAUUCAAAGCCAAAUCGUCUCCUUCUACUUGAAACUGUUUGAAAACUUUAAAGAUAACCAGAUCAUUCAAAGGAGCAUGGAUACCAUCAAGGAAGACAUGCUUUUCAAGUUCUUCAACAGCAGUACCAGUAAGCGGAGUGACUUCCUUAAGCUGAUUCAAAUUCCCGUGAAUGAUAUGCAGGUUCAGCGCAAAGCGAUAAAUGAACUCAUCAAAGUGAUGAAUGAUCUCUCACCAAGAUCUAACCUGAGGAAGCGGAAAAGGAGUCAGAAUCUGUUUCGAGGCCGCAGAGCAUCGAAAUAA